UCGACUACAUCGGAGGUUUCAUAAGAGGAGCACAACGCGCUCCACUUUUAAUCAGAUUAGGAGCCUUUAAUGUUCAAUCCUGUUUUUUUUUCUUCCCUACAGUAGCGGUGCAGGAGUGGCCAAAGCCAAAAGCAGCGAUUCAGAUCAGAUUUCACCUAAACCAGCUGGGAGAGAGACCGAGAGAGAGAAAGCAGAGAGAGGGUUUGUCAGUCUCCCUCCUCCCAAAUACAGAAAAGCUUACCAAGGAAAAAGGAGGAGUGUCGGGGCUGAGAGAGACGCAGAGGAAUCCAGAGGAAUUUCUGAGGAUAUUUUCUCUUCUUUUUUUCCCCUCCUCUUGAUAUUAAAAUUUAAAAAAAGUUGGAGGCGAGGCAGCAGGGACCGUGGUCAAGGAUGGACGAGCAGCCUCGGUUGAUGCACUCCCACGGGGUAGGCAUGGCCGGACACCCCGGCCUGGCGCAGCAUAUGCAGGAUGGCACGGCGGGGACGGACGGAGAGGGAAGAAAGCAGGACAUCGGAGACAUAUUACAGCAAAUAAUGACCAUCACAGACCAAAGCUUAGACGAAGCACAGGCCAGGAAACAUGCACUGAAUUGCCACAGAAUGAAACCUGCUCUCUUCAAUGUCUUGUGUGAAAUAAAGGAGAAAACAGUGCUCAGUAUCCGCGGCGCCCAAGAGGAGGAGCCUCCAGAUCCCCAGCUGAUGCGACUGGACAACAUGCUGCUGGCGGAGGGUGUGGCCGGGCCGGAAAAAGGUGGCGGGUCGGCAGCUGCAGCAGCUGCCGCAGCGGCCACUGGUGGCGUUGGUGCCGACAACUCAGCAGAACACUCCGACUACCGGGCCAAGCUGUCUCAAAUCCGACAAAUUUACCAUACGGAGCUGGAGAAGUAUGAACAGGCGUGCAAUGAGUUCACCACCCAUGUGAUGAACCUGCUGAGGGAGCAGUCUCGAACACGACCCAUCUCGCCCAAAGAGAUCGAGCGCAUGGUCAGCAUCAUCCACCGCAAGUUCAGCUCCAUCCAGAUGCAGCUGAAACAGAGCACCUGCGAGGCCGUCAUGAUCCUGCGCUCACGCUUCCUCGAUGCCAGACGAAAGAGGAGGAACUUCAACAAACAGGCGACAGAGAUCCUGAACGAGUACUUUUACUCCCACCUCAGUAACCCCUAUCCCAGCGAGGAGGCCAAAGAAGAACUGGCCAAGAAAUGCGGCAUCACAGUGUCACAGGUAUCAAACUGGUUUGGGAACAAGAGAAUCCGAUACAAGAAAAACAUCGGCAAGUUUCAAGAAGAGGCCAACAUGUACGCAGCGAGGACUGCGGUCAAUGCAACCAGCGUGUCUGCCCACGGCAGUCAGGCAAACUCCCCAUCAACUCCCAACUCAGCAGGUUCUGCUGGCUCUUUUAACAUGUCAAACUCCGGAGACUUGUUCAUGAGUGUGCAGUCCCUCAAUGGGGACUCGUACCAAGGGGGGCAGGUUGGGGCCAACAUACAAUCCCAGGUGGAUACCCUUCGCCAUGUUAUCAGCCAGACCGGAGGAUACAGUGACAGCCUCGCAGCCAGCCAGAUGUACAGUCCACAGGGCAUCAAUACAAAUGGUGGCUGGCAAGAUGCUCCGACUCCUUCGUCAGUGACAUCGCCCACAGAAGGACCCGGAAGCGUUCAUUCGGAUACUUCCAACUGAAUAUAUCCAUCUCUACACCUCAUCCACACACACACAAAAAAACAUGGACUGACCUUGCUAUUCACAGUAUUAAAAAAGGAAUUCACUGUCUCACGGUUUGGAGAGUUACUGUGAAAUCCUAACUAAAAAAAAUUAAAAAUAUUUCCUCUGCUUAUAACGUUGGACAUUUGGGAUACAAACAAAGAGUUUCACAAUAAAAAUCAAAACAAUACCGUGAACAAUGGCAACAUUUGUACAGAUUUCACAUUAUAUUCAGAGGGCUGGGGUUACUUAUUCACUCGUAAUGUUUUCACUCAUUAUGAUGAAAUGAUAUGAUAAAGUAAUGAAAAUCAAAUCAUUGGUUUUAACUGAAAAUACUUCAUUCUACCUCUCAGCCACUUAAAAAAAAAGUAGAAAAAAUGUCAGCGACCAUUAUUUGUUUUGUAAAAAUGAAACUUUUGUCUUUGCAAGCAAGAGGCACAUCUUCCUACUUACAUUUUGUUGUCUCUCACCUAUUCUAUGGUACGCCAUUUAGACUUAAAUAUUGCUCAGUUGUUUACAAUGUGUGCUUGAUAAAAGUAUGUUCAUCUUCCCCUCUGUCUCCGACGAGUCAAAACAGAGUUCUGUCAGGAGAUUUUACCUCUAAGGUAACCCUGUGAAGUAUGUUAUCUGUAAAACAAUAAAUAAAUACUUGUCAUCAAAUCGGACAAGCUUGACAUCAUUCAUUAAGACGGAGGAUAUAUCAACUUUAAACUAAUUAUUUUACACCUUGUUGGUUUUGGUUCUACAGCAUAUUGGUAGAGUGACAGUCACCGAAUUGCAAUGAGAAAAACAGGAAUUUUGUCUUUUUCUGUUUUUAAUUUACUUGAAUCCUCAACGAUAUUUUCAUCGUUUUUCCACCAUCACCACUGCAGAAGAAAGGUUUUUGACAAUGCCAAAAUGCUGAUGUAACCAAAACAUGUCUGUCAAGGAAAGUGUGUCAACAUGGAGCCAGGUUUAAUAUAUAAUUUCAUCACAUAUAAACAACAUUAUUUCUUUUUCCACUCAUUUAAUCCACCAUCCUUUGUCAUUUAGCUCUGGUGCUACAAUCAAGUGAAUGAUGCUGUCUCACUGAAAGAAAUAUGAGAAGAAAUAUCACUUUCUACAAAAAAGAAAGUUUGUCAAGGACAUCUGUAACUGAGUUUGUUUUUCAGUACAUGAACCACAAUCCACUUAAACAGGGAAGUCAUUAUGUUAAUAGAGUUUUACGUGCUUACACAGUGGAUCCUGUAGCAUGGAGUCACUGAUCAUCGCCAUGAAAGACGCAUCUGGAUGCACCUGAACUGCUGCUCAGCUGAGGACACUUGUAAAUGUAAAGAUAAUGUUACGUUCCACAUUUUGUUGAAUCGUGUCCUCUUCUGGGUGUUUAUUUACAUAUAAAUCAAUAUGUUAUUCUGCUGGUACUGCUUUAGUUACCCUAGACUUGACACCAAAACAAAUGUAGACAUUUGAAUUCAUGCUUGUCUCAGUACUAUCAGACUGAUUUUUUUUCAGUAUCAAACAUUUAUGAAGAUUGUAAAUGUUAACCAUUAAGCACUAAAAAAGGGACAAGUCAUUAUGUCAAAUAAUGUGUUUUCUGAGCAGUCUAACCUUGUUUAUAGACACUUUUUAUGUUGUGUGGCCUAUUUGUUUUUUGUAUUUUGUUGUUUUUUUAUUGUUAUGCUUAAUGUAGGCUAUUACUUUUUGCUUUCCUACUCUCGUGAAUUAGCUCAUGAACUUUCAACAUGUGUUUAUGUGCACCAUUGUGCUUGACUUGCUUUGUUGGAAAGGGUUUUCAACACAUUAAAAAUGAUAUGUCA